AUGAAACCUACUCGAAAAAACAGAAAAAAUGGAGUGAAAAGUACAAGCGGUUCUGAAAACUUAGGUUUUACCAGAAAGGAGCAGACUAUCAAGAAGCAGCGAAGCAGAAAGACAGUUAUAAAGAAAAACCCAAAUGCAAAGACAACCAUGGGAGCUGGUUAUUCACAAGUGUAUGAUCCGUUUGACUCCCCCAGGCCGGAGGAAAAUGCGUCAUCAAAGUGCCCAGUGUGUUUCUCCUCACCGAACCCUAGUUAUAAAACAGGCCAAAAUGCAUUGCCUCAGUGUACUCAAUGUGCUCAGUUCCUGUGUGGCUCCUGCCUCUACCCCUGCACUUCUGAUUCUGCUACAUGUACCAACAAGCUGUGCCCACUAGUAUCUACACUGCUCACCUGCGGAGUGGUCUCAAAUCCAAAGAGUAAAGUUUUUGGUUGUCCUGAGUUUCGAGCCUGUCCCAAGUGUCACAUUUUGAUUAGGCAUGAAUCUGGAUGCAAGUUUGUCAAGUGCCAAUCAGAGAAUUGCAAUCACAGAUUCUGUUUUAUCUGCUUGCAAGAUGACUGUCUUAAUGACAAGGAGAAGUACUGGUUGCUUACUUGCAAAAAGCCAAGAGCAGAAAGACAACGAUUUAUGUUAACAUAAUCCUGAACAAAUCACCGGGCUGGAAACUAUUUGCAGCCAAAAAGGCACAAAAUUCAAUUCCAACCUCACUGUUCAGUGCUAAACA